GCGCGCCUUCUCCAUAGUGCGAUUUGCGGUUCGGCGUCUCCGAAAGCGGCCGGGAUGACGAGCAGCGCCAGGUACAAGAGCAGGGCGGUGAAAUCAGAGGACGCAGAAGAAAAAGAGUAUGUCGGCUUCGCCACCCUCCCGAAUCAGGUUCACAGGAAGUCGGUCAAAAAAGGCUUCGAUUUCACACUCAUGGUGGCAGGGGAGUCCGGUCUUGGAAAGUCCACCCUGAUCAACAGCUUGUUCCUCACAGAUCUGUACAAGGACAGAAAACUCCUCAACGCCGAAGAGCGCAUCAGCCAGACCGUGGAGAUCAUCAAACACACGGUGGACAUCGAGGAGAAGGGCGUUAAGCUGAAGCUGACCAUCGUAGACACGCCAGGCUUUGGAGACGCUGUCAAUAACACAGAGAGCUGGAAAACUAUUACGGACUAUAUUGAGCAGCAGUUUGAACAGUAUUUUCGGGAUGAAAGCGGCUUGAACAGGAAGAACAUCCAGGAUAACCGUGUCCACUGCUGCUUGUACUUCAUCCCUCCGUUUGGACAUGGGCUUCGGCCCGUGGACGUGGAGUUCAUGAAAGCGCUGCAAGACAAGGUGAACGUGGUUCCUCUCAUUUCCAAGGCUGACUGUCUGACGCCAGCGGAGAUGAGGAAGAUGAAGGACAGGGUGAGGGAAGAGAUCGAGAAGUUCGGAAUCAAAGUCUAUCAGUUCCCAGACUGUGAUUCUGACGAGGACGAGGACUUCAAGCAACAGGACCGAGAGCUAAAGGAGAGCACUCCAUUUGCUGUGAUUGGGAGCAACACGAUAGUUGAGGUCAAAGGUCAGCGGGUGAGAGGCAGACUUUACCCAUGGGGCAUUGUGGAAGUGGAGAAUCAGUCCCAUUGUGAUUUCGUCAAGCUGAGGAACAUGCUGAUUCGCUCACACAUGCAUGACCUGAAAGACAUCACGUGUGACGUGCACUAUGAGAACUACAGGGCACAGUGCAUACAGCAGAUGACGAGCAAACUGACUGAUAACCGCGUGGAGAGCCCCAUCCCGAUACUACCACUGUCCACCCCGGACGUAGAGACAGAAAAGCUGAUAAAGAUGAAGGAUGAAGAGUUGCGGAGGAUGCAGGAGAUGCUUCAAAAAAUGCAGCAGCAGAUGCACGAGCAGGACCUGUGAACGCCGCCCCCCGAUCAAAAACAGCUCAUCACACAAACAGACACUUAACACUUUACCAUCGUCGCACUGAAGGACACGCAGUAAAAGCAAACAGACGUAUUUGUAUGUCAAACACAACACACAGAUAUGAAAGCAUGCGUCGAGCACUGCGCUUUACAGGGACGCCUGACCUGAGCCUGAUAGCUAAAACCAGGCUCCAAGUUAACAUAUCUGGCAACACUAAAGGUUGUUUUCACACUUUGUACAUCCCAUUCGAUGCUGUAUGACUGUUUCCGUGGCAAAGACCGCUGCUUUAUUCACAGUAGACAUGGCAAAUGUUCUGUCUUAUUCUGUUUUUUGUUGGCUGUUAUCCGUUUCUAUCCCGAUUUUUUACGUUUUUAUUAGCGUGUGCGUGCGCUUAAAAUGAGCACUGACUGGGAAACUACAUAUCUGAGUGAUUUUCUACUUUUAAAACGGCUACACCAAUAAGUUAUUAGAUCUUGAACAAGGGUUAGAAGCAUCAAAACGUUUGCAGUAUUGAAGCAAGUACAUUAAGCGUAAUUCUUUUUCGUUCUUCACUGUCUCUGAAGGCCUUAUCAGAGCACCUUGAAUUGCAAACUUUUGUGUAUUCUGUAGAGAAUUUUCACUGAUCCGUGCAUGAUUUUGUCUACUUUAUGGAUUAAACAUAAAAAUGUGAUUCUUUCUGAAUGUUUUAUGUAAGUUAGAUUUUAAUAUGCCUCUUAGGAUGACUGUUGCGGUCUUAAAACUUCUAAUUAUUUAUAAUAUUUCACAAAAUGGAUAUCAGACAAUCUUUAUCGGUGAACAGGAUCAUCUUUUAUAUCACUUUUUGUUGUUGGUUUUAGAUGGAUGCAUUGAGAUAUUGAUUCAUAUGCCCUGUAUGUGUUUACUGAAGCUAUUCCUAUGAGCAUGACAAAUGCACCAUCUGCCAUUUACCACGUUUCCUUUGAAAAAUAAACACAUCUUCUGUGGUAAA